AUGGUGGUGACUGUGAUGAUCCAAUAUAUCGGCGUGAGCGCUGGAAGAUCAAGUCUGGUGCUCGAUGUUUCAAAAACUGGAACUCUCAUCCGCUACAACAACCCAGAAUCUGUGGCUGAAGAGAAUGCCAUCGCGAUACCUGGCGCACCGGACUGCGGCACCCUUCGAUUUCAGGUCGAACUGGAUGGAAAUCUCCGGUCGAAUAACUGGACGUCAACUUGGACAUCGCACAAUAGCCUUGCGGCAAGACAACUGUCACCCCCAGGCUGCAUCGGAAUAUCCAAUCCCGCAGCACAGGUAUAUGUCAAUGGCAAGCGUUACCAGAAGGUUGCUGCAAGUGGCAAAGCCUGA